AUGAAUGCACUAGGUGAUAUGUCUCCCACCUUGGAUCCAACUCAACUUGCUGCGGGACAUGCCCCUCCAACGCCUCCGCACGAGAAUGCGCUCGACGAUAUCUACGGUUCCGCGCCCGCCUCACCCACACUCUCCACGAACGUCCUUCAUACUCGCCCCCAUGAAAUCCUCUCAGAUCUCCCGUCCCGUCAGCGUGCACUGGAUACAGAUGCCUACCGCGAAGGUCUAGCGAACAGCAAGGGGCAAUACGUACAAGAAGGCUUCGAUGAAGGUUACUCUCUCGGCGCAAAUCUAGGCUUGAGGGUGGGGUACAUACUGGGAAUCCUACAAGGCUUUGUUGCUGCAUGGAGAGGCCAUGAUGAGCAAGUGCACAAGGAAGUAACACAAGUCUACGAAUCUGCACACAAGGAGCUUGCAAUUGAGGAGCUGCUAGGUCGUCAAUGGGUAGACGAAGAAGGAAUAUGGAAGUGGGGUGUUGUAGGGAAGGAAGAUGAUCCUACGUUUAGGGAGGUUUCGGACCAACAUCCUCUAGUGACGAAAUGGAUGAGUGUGGUUGAGGGGUUCGCAAAGAGGUGGGAUGUUGAUCUCAAGGCUGUCGAGAAGAGUCAAACGCCGCAGGAUGAACAAUCGUGA